GCAUGUUCUCUAGCUUAUAAUUAUCAAAAUCAAUUGAUGUGAUCUUUUUUUCCCUCUCACAUGCAAGAACAAACACAGCCAAAAUGGGAAGGCAGAACCUCUGCUGACCUAAAAGGUCCAGCAGCUGAGCAAGUUUGGCCUCUCUUGGCUGAUUUCUGCAACCUACACAAGUGGUUCCCCAAACUUGAGACAUCUUACCAAGUUGGGGGAAUUCUUGGCCAGCCGGGUCUGAUCCGGUACUGCGCAACUCCCCCUGCUGAUCCUGACGAUCAGACGACCAUCAAGUGGGUCAAGGAGAAGCUACUGAUGAUAGAUCCAAUCAAACGGUGUUUAAGCUAUGAGAUCCUUGAGAACAACAUGGGAUUUCACUCAUAUGUUGGCACAAUGCAAGUAGUGCCCAUACACGACAUUCAUCAUGAUGUCGUUCUUGGGUGCAAGAUCGAGUGGUGGGUUGUUUGUGAUCCGGUUGAUGGAUGGAGGUUGGAAAACCUUCUUGAUUUUCUUGAGUCUUCUCUCCCGUUGGUAGCAAAAACAAUGGAGCAUGCUCUUCUUUCUACUAGCUGAUCAACGUUAAUUCACUCGGCUUAAUUAGUCUUUAUUUGUUGGUAUAUUACUUUUAUGUGUAUUAUUAUUGACUUGUAGUAUGUCUAUGAAUUUAUUGAUCAAUAAAUUAUAGUAUUAGUAAACGUGGGUUAAGUCAAUUGACUA